GACUUCGUUAAUCUGCUUGUACAUCCUAUCUACCAUGCUCAAAGCAUUUCUACUCCCCAUUCUUGCUCUCACCACUAUGGCUCAGGUCACCAACCUAGGCGGCGAACACCGCGGUAACUUCAUCUUGUGCUCCAGCGGUCCAAACUCCGCGAAUAUUCUCAGCCUUGACCAGUACAACUCCCUCCUUCAACGCUGGAACAUCGGUUCCGGCUGGUCUCCUGGCUAUUUCCAGACUAUUGGCGAGUCAUUCAUCGGCGAUAUCUCCGCCCUCGACCUAGGUUUCAACCGUGCCAACAUCAUUGGCCGUGGCUCCAAGAACGAGGCCAAGCACUACUAUUGGAACCGUGAUCCAAAUGGCAAUCAAGGCUGGAACCGCGAAUCGCUCGGCGGUCAGUUCAUCGGCGAGCUCAGCAUCGUCUCGCUAUUCCGCAAUAACAGGGAGCGCGUGGACGUCUUCGGCCGCGACGCCGUCACUAACCAGAUUCUGCACAAGGUCUACGACGGCACGAAGUGGAGUGACUGGUUCAACAUUGGUGGACAAGCAGUAAGCUCGCCAACAGCCGUCAUGUCGGGUGAUGGUCGCGUCGACGUGUUUAUCCGUGGGCACAACAACAAAGUCUACCACAAGACGAUGACAGGCACGGCCAGCGAGGGCUGGUCCUGGAGCCCAAGCCAUACCAGAUGGAACGACAUUGGCGGUGACGCCGCCGAAGAGAUUGUCCCUGUCAGCAACGGUCCCAACAGCAUCACCAUCUUCGCACGCGACCGCACGAAUAAUGUAAACAGUCGCAUUCUGACAAAUGAGACUUGGGGAUCCUGGGAGUUGCAAGGCGAAGGUGGAAUGUACAAGCCUGCAGCAGUUGCGUGGAACGAUAAGAUCACACUUGCUGCGAUUAGCCACGAGGGCAAUGUGCUCUGGGCGAAGACGUCUGUGAAUGGAGCGUUUGGGCCGUGGUAUAGGAUUGGCGGAGCAGUUGCGGCGACAGCGGCGCCGCAACUACUUUGGAAUGGCGGAAGUGACGUUUUUGCAUAUACACGGAACGCGGAUGCGUCGAUUUCGGAGAAGAAGAUUCCUACAGAGGCUUUAGGGUGA